AUGGAAGAUAAAGUGGUGAUAGAGGCCCAAGAGGAUUGUGGAGAUGCCCAAAUAACUUCCUCCAUCAAAGAUACACAGGAGGCCAAGAUAAAAGAUGGAGAUCAAGAAAAUAACGACGAAAAACUGCAAAGCCCACUCCAAGAGAGAAAGGAACAACAGUCAGGGCCACGAAUGACCAAGAAGUUCCUGAAAGAGCAUUGUAAGAAGAACAACCUUUACUCAACACCUUACCUGAAUGACACACUGUACCUGCAUUUCAAAGGUCUGUCUGCCAUUGAGAACCUGGAGGAGUACACGGGACUCAAGUGUCUCUGGCUGGAAAGCAAUGGGCUUCAACGCAUUGCAAAUCUGGACGCCCAGACUGAUCUGCGCUGCCUGUUCAUUCAGCAGAACCUCAUUUACAAGCUGGAAAACCUCGAACCUCUGAAAAAGCUCUGCACCCUGAACAUCUCCAACAACUACAUACGCAUCAUUGAGAGCAUCUCCUGCCUCCCUGACCUGAGCACCCUGCAGAUUGCCCAUAACAAGCUGGAGUCUGUGGGAGAUGUAGAGCACCUGAGUCAGUGUUUGGCAAUCAGUGUGCUGGACAUGUCUCACAAUCUGUUAAAUGACCCGGAGAUCCUCCCGGUACUUGAAGCCAUGCCAGAACUGCGCGUGCUUGACCUAACGGGAAAUGAGGUGGUGAAAAAAAUCCAAAACUACAGGAAGACCAUGAUUGUGCGUCUCAAGCAGCUCACCUUCCUGGACGAUCGCCCCGUGUUCCCAAAAGACAGGGCAUGUGCAGAGGCCUGGGCAGCGGGGGGGCUGGACGGGGAGCGUAAAGAGAGGGAGCAAUGGGAGACUCGAGAGAGGAGGAAAAUUCAGGACAGCUUGGAUGCCUUAGCAGAGAUUCGGAAGACAGCGCAGGAGAAACGACGCCUUAAAGAGCUACUGGAGACAGGGGCGACUGAGGCUUCCACCACUCCAGAGACUCCAUGUGAGGAAAAUGACACCCAGAGUGUGUCUUCACCAAAAGGGGAGAUGAUCCAAGUCUUUGCGAAGGACUGCCUGGAUGCCCAUGAAGAGUUCUUGCACAGCCAAUCAACACAGGGGCCAAAUGAACAUCAGUCAAACAAUGAAAAUCUAGAAGCAGAGCAGCCAGGUCAUGGUUUCCAGGGGGAUCAGUUAGAGAAAGAUGACCAGGAGAAAUCACAGGUAAAGCCGCCUGUGACAGAAGAGAAAGAGGUUGUGAAUCCAGAGCAGUCGGCACAAGAACAAGAAAGUAUUGCGGAAAAGAUGCUCGAGACAGAAGAAGAAGAAGAAGAAGAAGAAGAAGAAGAAGAAGAAGAAGAAGAAGAAGAAGAAGAAGAAGAAGAAGAAGAAGAAGAAGAAGAACAAAACCAGUCACAAGAAAUCCAGUUUAUUAGAGAUGAAGCGGAGGGAGAGAAGGCAGACAUGAGCGAGCCUUUGGAAAAGAAACAGCCUCCUAUGCCCAGGUCAGGUUCUCCAGAAGCAGACGAGGUCGGACCAGCACAUGGUCCCGGACUACUGGUUACAGAGCUAGAAGAUGCAGACCAGCUGGAAACCAUUCAGCUUCCACCACCUCGCCCACUGCGUAUUGAUGACCUGCCUGAUCUGGAGGAUGUGGACACAGACGACUUCACAGCCAUGUUCUCUUCUCAGCACUUUUACAAACCCACAAUAGAGGUCCUAUCAGGAGGCAGUGAUGAGGAGAAUGAAAUUGUGUAUCAGAGUGAGGGCAUCCCAGCCGUUGGUUCAGAUACAAAUUCAUUGUUUUUAAUGAGCGGCUGCAACAAAUCAACUGGGGUCUGUAGCAAUUCUUCACCGUUGGUGUAUCCAGAAGAUGGGGAUACCCUUGAGCCACACAUUUUUGGACCAGUGGGAAAGUUCAAACCAAAGCAAACGCCUUCUCCGCCCCGCUGCCUGAUUGAGGAGCUUGAAUGA